AUGCUCAUCUGCCUCCCUAAACUCGGCCAUCUUAUCUUCUUUCCCGCUCUCGUCUCCUCCCAGGCUCCAGCAACCACAUACAAUCCUCUGACUAUGUCCUCAAUCAAGAUAACCUACGUACUCAAUCCACCCGCCGACCUUCCAUCUCCAGCACCCUCCGACUUGCCCACUCAAAAGUCACACGAAUACAAAAUCGAUGCUCCGCAGGACGACAAGAAAGCAUUCUAUGCUGCGCUGAGGACAUCACUGGAGGCAGCACGGAACGAGGUCGGGGAUGAGCUGACGAAGUGGCGGGACGUCGUUGGUAAGGCUGAGCUAGGGAAGGAGCCGAAGAAGGUUGUUGAUGAGGAGGGUGAAGAAGAGGAAGAAGAAGAGCAAGCGUGA